AUGGCGUUUCCUCUCGUCACAUGGUGGAAGAAAGACACAGCGCUCAACACCUACGUCUUCGGCCUCUUUCUCAUCGGCCUUCCUUUCACACUUUUCGGAACAUAUGUGAUCUACCAACUUCAAGUUGUGGGCUAUAUGAUCGGUACAGACUCAAACGGUCUACCAUGUACGACGUACUGUCUGGUGCCGUUUGGUAGCCAGAGGCUGGAUCUGAAUUCCGUCAUUCUGUAUCUAAAUGCGCUUGGUUUUGGCCUUGGUGGGGUGGCAGCAGUAUUCACUGCUGCGUAUGCGGAUUUCUGGAAGAGGAAGAGUACCCUGGUAGCCAUCUUCGUCGUCGCGUUCGGCACAGUCUGUAUCCCCGUGUACUGGUUGCGCGACACAUCCUCAGCUACAUUCAACGCUCUGAUGGCCUUGUAUGUGAUGUACGCAGUGAUCACUUACAUACUAUCAGUUCUCUUCUGCAUUUUCAUCCCACACUGCAUGCGAAGCGUAACAGAAAAAGAUGUCUUCGAAAUACCCAGCACCGAACAGUCAUAUAGCGAGGAGUCCAAAACACCAGGACAUGUUACUGUUUCGCGUGGAGACGGAGCAAGUGUGUCCAAGGAAGCAAAAACUCGCAAAUACGGCUUCAAAAUGUCCAUCUUCGGUGCUUUUGGUACUGCUUCCGGCGGAAUCCUCGCCCUCCUGCUCGUUAUAAUGCUUUACAAGACCCUUCCCUCUCCAAGCAAUCAACAAUCCGCCGGUCUCCUCGUCACCACCAUAAUCGGUUUCAUCACAGUCCUUGGCUCUUUUGUCAUGCAUCUCGGCCUUCCGGCCGUACCUGCCAAGCCCAAAGAGAACUGGAAAUCAUGGUGGGCGGAACUAUUUACUCCGUUGAGGGAUCUUAGUAGGAGGAAGAAUAUGGCGUUUUUAUUGCUGAGUUAUACGAUUUAUGUGGAUACGUCGUUUGCAUUGAACAGUGUGACGGCACAGCUGUUUUUUGUCCAGAUGAUGCCGGAUACGAUGGAGUAUACGUUGUAUAACAUGGCAUUUACGAUACUUGGGGCGAUUACAACAUUGGCGUUCUAUUUACUGCAGGUUUGGAGACCCCCGUUUAAGCUUGAGCAUUGGCUGGUCAUCGGAUAUGCUAUUAUCCUUAUAAUUCCAAUCUGGGGAUGCAUUGGCUUCGCAGAUAACGUCAAUUUUGGUUUUAAGAAUCGCUGGGAAUUCUACGCCCAGAGUCUCCUAUUCAACAUCUCUGGCUCAAUCGUCAAUUCCGUAUUUCGCGUUCUGUUUUCGGAGAUGGUUCCGAAGGGCAGUGAAGUUGAGUGUUUUGGCUUGCAGGUGAUCUUGUCGUGUGCUACCGCAUGGGUCAGCUAUGUUGCAAACGCACCGCUACAAAAUGCGACUCAUGAACUUCGUUUCCCUCUUGUGCUGUGUCUGAUUAUGUUGGUUGUGCCGGUCGCGCUUGAGGUCUCUAGGUGUACAUUGGAUGUUUUUGUGAGGGAUAAGACUCGCUGGAAGGAAUAUGAUGAGGGUCAAACGGCUGGCCAGAGCCUGGUAAUGAUUCUUGAAGGGUUUGGUGGUGAAGGAUGUGAGCGCACAAGGAGGAUGCAGACAGGGCAGUAG